AGAAAGUUUUAAGGUAGAAAAAAGAUUGACAUUAUUCUUAUUUACUGACAUUAGCAAAAGCAAAGAGCGAAUCCGACAUGAAUCUGUUUUUUUACUGCUGACGGAGAUAAGUACAUCCAAAUUGCAAAGGCUUUGGCAAAAGCGAUGGCGAUCUCCAAUCUCUCCACUGCUCAAACUCCACUUUUAGAUGACACCAUUGACGCCUCCCUUGAUUACAAAGGCCGUCCCGUCCGCCGCUCUAACUCCGGCGGCUGGAGAUCCGCUUCUUUCAUCAUUGCCGUUGAAAUUGCUGAGAGGUUUGCUUAUUAUGGCAUCUCCUCAAAUCUCAUAACUUACUUGACGGGGCCUCUCGGCGAAUCCACUGCCGCCGCCGCCGCUCAAGUCAACGCCUGGUCUGGUGCGGCGUCACUUCUGCCACUCUUGGGUGCUUUCAUUGCUGAUUCUUUUCUUGGCCGAUAUCGCACCAUCAUUCUUGCUUCCCUUCUUUACACCUUGGGUCUAGGCUUGUUGAGUCUGUCAGCCGCACUUCCUUCUGUCAGCAAUUCUGGUGACCAAAGUACAGAUAAUACCAUAUUAAGUUCUUCUGCUCAAUUUCAAGUCAUACUAUUCUUCUUCUCACUGUAUCUAGUAGCAUUUGGACAAGGUGGGCACAAGCCAUGUGUUCAAGCUUUUGGUGCAGAUCAGUUUGAUAGACAAGACCCAGAGGAGUGUAAAGCCCAAAGUUCAUUCUUUAAUUGGUGGUAUUUUGGUAUAUGUGCUGGCACCUUCAUAACCCUUUGGAUUUUAACCUACAUCCAAGACAAUCUUAGUUGGACUCUUGGAUUUGGGAUACCCGCUAUUGUAAUGGUUGUUGGUCUGCUUGCUUUUGUGCUUGGAACCACAACUUACAGAUAUAGUAUCAAAGGUGAUGAAGAAAACCCAUUUCUGAGAAUUGGUAGAGUGUUCAUUUUGGCUGUUAGGAAUUGGAAGACAACAUCUUCAGCAAUUGCUGCAGAGGAAGAGGCACGAGGAACUCUUCCAACUGAAAGUUCCAAGCAAUUCAAGUUCCUCAAUAAAGCUUUGCUUGCUCCUGAUGGUUCAAAAGAACAAGGAAAGGUGUGUAGCACCGGAGAGGUUGAAGAAGCGAAGACGGUUAUAAGGCUUGCACCAAUAUGGGCUGCAAGCUUGUUUUAUGCCAUUGUCUAUGCGCAAACGAUAACUUUCUUUACCAAGCAAGGGGCUACCAUGGACAGAUCAAUAACAGCUGGGUUUAAAAUACCUGCUGCUUCACUUCUGUCAUUUAUUAGCCUUACGAUCAUGAUCUUCAUUCCUAUAUAUGACCGCAUUUUUGUUCCUUUAGCAAGAGCCUUGACUGGGAAACCGGCUGGAAUUACAAUGCUGCAAAGAAUCGGAACUGGAAUGCUUCUAUCUGCCAUAUCAAUGUUAAUUGCUGCUUUAGUAGAGAUGAGGAGGCUUAAAACUGCUGAAGAAUAUGGGUUAGUAGACAAGCCAAAUGUAACAGUUCCAAUGAGCAUCUGGUGGCUGCUCCCUCAGUACAUACUGUCUGGAUUGUCUGAUGUGUUUGCGAUGGUUGGUCUUCAAGAAUUUUUUUAUCAUCAGGUGCCGAAGGAAUUAAGGAGUGUCGGCCUUGCACUCUACCUUAGCAUCUUUGGUGUUGGAAGCUUUUUGAGUAGUUUUCUCAUCUCAGCCAUUGAGAAGAUGACUGGUGAGGGUGGCCAAGAUAGCUGGUUUGCAAAUAACCUUAAUAGGGCACAUCUUGAUUACUUCUAUUGGCUGCUGGCUGCACUUAGUGCCAUGGGAUUGGCGCUCUUUUUAUCUUCUGCAAAAUCUUACAUUUAUGUUCGGGGAAGUACCUUGUAGGUGGAACUCGAGGCUUGGCUCUGGUGGUUCGUAUGGUCAUCCUUAAAAAGUAGCAUUCAGCAAAUCUACAGUGUUGUUCCCGUCUCAGCAUGACAUCGCUUAUGCGGUAAACGGUUAUUCACGUUACUUUUCUUGUGUAUAUUUAUGCAAACUUUGUAUCAUUAUGAUGUAAAUUUUGAUAUAAUUUAGUGUUUGCUUUAUGUUUAUAUAUAUAUAUUUUCAUGUUGUAUCA